AUGAAUUAUUCCGCUCUCUCCAUCCCUGCAGUGACCACUAGCUGCUCCUCUGUGACAUCGGCCACUGCUGCCUCUGUGAUUGUGGCGGUGGUAGAAGGGCGUGGGUUGGCCAGGGGGGAGAUUGGCAUGGCCAGUAUCAACCUGAAAUGCCCAGAGCUGGUCCUCUAUCAGUUUGCAGACACUGGGACCUAUGCCAAGGUUAUCACCAAGCUUCACAUCCUGGUGCCACUCGAGAUAUUAAUGCCAGACACUGCCAGUGAGAAAGGCAAAGGGACCAAGCUAUACAGCCUAAUCACAGAAAACUUUCAGUCAGUAGCUUUCACUGCAAUCCAGAGAAAGUACUUCAAUGAGAGAAAAGGGCUGGAAUACAUCCAGCAACUGUCUGCACCAGAGUACAGCACUGUUAUUAUGGAGGUGCAAGUUAAAUACUAUUGCUUGGCAGCUGCGGCUGCUUUACUGAAAUACUUUGAGUUCAUUCAGAACUCCAUCUAUGCACCAAAGUCACUGAAAGUAAGCUUCAAAGGGAGUGAGCAUACUGCCAUGGUUGACUCAGCGUCUGCCACUAACCUGGAGCUGGUUGUCAACAACAGGGACCACAGGAGUGAACAUACCCUGUUAGGGGUGCUGAACUACACCAAAACCCCUGGUGGUGGAAGGAGGCUGCGCUCUAACAUUCUAGAGCCCUUGCUGGAUGUCGAUACCAUAAACAUACGUCUAGACACAAUUCAAGAGCUGUUACAGGAUGAGGAGCUCUUCUUUGGCUUAAAGAACGCCAUUGGACAUUUUCUGGAUAUAGACCAACUGCUCUCUGUUCUUGUCCAGAUCCCCAAGCAGGAAACGGUUCAAGUUGCAGAGUCAAAGAUUACACAUGUGAUUCAGCUGAAGCAUACUCUGGAGUUGGUACCACCACUGAGGAUGGUGCUGAAGAACUGUAACACUGCUCUGCUGAAGGCUUACAGCAGCUCACUGGAAGACAACAGGUUUGACAUGAUCCUGGAGCAGAUCAAGUCAGUGAUUAAUGAUGACACCAGCUACAUGAAGGGGAGCCUCAACAUGCGCACACAGAAGUGCUACGCUGUGCGCCCCAACAUCAACGAGUUCCUGGACAUCGCCCGGCGAGCCUACACUGAGAUUGUGGAUGACAUUGCAGGGCUGGUUGACCAGGUGGGGGAGAAGUAUGGCUUGCCAAUACGCACCAGCUUCAGCACAGCUCGAGGCUUCUUCAUCCAGAUGAAACUGGAGGGGGUAGCUUUACCUGAUGGGGAACUCCCAGCUGACUUCAUCAAGGUGACGAAGCACAAGAACAACUACAGCUUCACCACAGCAGACCUGAUGAAGAUGAAUGAUCGCUGUGAUGAGGCCCUGAGGGAAAUAUUUCACAUGUCCUAUGUGGUGGUGUGUCAGCUGCUGAAUACAGUUCAUGAGCAUAUCCACUGUCUUUACAAACUGUCUGAUGCUGUGUCCAUGCUAGACAUGCUUCUGUCACUAGCCAAUGCAUGCACCAUCUCAGACUAUGUGCGUCCUGAGUUCACAGACACACUGGCCAUCAAGCAGGGUCGUCACCCCAUUCUGGAGCGCAUCGUUGGCCAGCAGCCCGUGUCCAACAACAGCUACAUCUCUGAUGGCAGCAACUUUGUCAUCAUCACUGGGCCCAACAUGAGCGGCAAGUCCACCUACCUCAAACAGGUGGCGCUGUGCCAGAUCAUGGCUCAGAUAGGCUCCUUUGUCCCUGCUGAGUAUGCCUCCUUCCGCAUUGCUGACCAGAUUUUCACCAGAAUCGGGGUGGAUGACGACUUUGAGACAAACUCCUCAACCUUUAUGGUGGAAAUGAAGGAGGUCUCAUAUUUAAUCCAUAAUGUGAGUGAUAGGUCUCUCAUUAUCAUAGACGAGCUUGGGCGUGGUACUAGUGCUGAGGAGGGUGUCGGCAUCUGUCACUCUGUCUGCGAAUUCCUCCUUAGCCUCAGGGCGUUCACACUGUUCGCCACACACUUCCUGGAACUAUGUGAGCUGGAGACAUUGUACCCCAAUGUGGAAAACCAGCACAUGGAGGUUCAGCACACCCGCACUGGUGACACGGGUACAGAGCGUGUCAUCUAUACCUUCCUGCUGAGCCGUGGAAGCUCUGAGGAAAGAAACUACGGUCUGAGGGCUGCGGAGAUGACUGCACUGCCUUCAACCAUAAUCCAAGAAGCAAAGGAGAUUAGCUCUAAAGUCAGCCAACAGCUCUUGGCCAAGCACCACAGUGAUCCGGAAACGCAACGGCAGAGAGCAGUGUACCACCUGGCCACUCGGCUCCUGCAGACAGCCAGGAACUCCAGGCUGGACCCUGAUAGCCUGCGCAUCUAUCUGAAGAGCCUGAAGAGACACUAUGAAGCAGAGCUGCAGGUCAUAGGAGAGCCUGUGUCCAUGGAGACAGAGGAAGAAUGAGUCAGAUGAGGAAAGGGAUGUCAAGGGGGCGAUGAGAUGGGGAGAGGAAUUUUAAGGAAGCUUGUGGACUUAUGAGUGAUGCUGUUUGACUAUAUCU